AUGUCUGCUCAAGACGCUGCCACGACCCCCCAAGAGAAACCCGCGAACGCCCCCGAGGCUAAUGGAGAUAUCAAAGUCCUCAAGAUCAGUGUUGAUGCUCCGACCUCGCCAAGCGGCUCGAUACCGCCAGAGGGGCAACUCUUGACGGGGAAACAAGAACAUUAUCUCAAGCGAGAGCUCAUCUCCCGUCAGGUCUCGGACGAGAUUGCAGAACUGGCCAGUCCAACGGCCCUCCAACGUUUUGGCGCUCCUUUCCGUUCACAAUAUGGCGAGGUUUCGCCUAUGGACUCUGAGUUGCCCAUCCUGCGGUACAUCUUCGUCAACCACGUCCGCAAUUUUCCUUUUCUCGACCAGGCGAAAGAGAAGGAGUUCUGGCAAGAGAAAUUACAGACAUUCCUCGAGUCCUUCGCUAGCAAAUACAUCUCCUCGUCAGAAGACAGGUUAGAAGAGACGAAAAGGAAAAAGCUAGCAAGGAAAUCCGAAAAGUUAGUGGAGCUGAUGAUGGUGUCUGGCGUGCCCACGGCUUCUGGGUAUGAAGAGAGAAUACGUUUCGCCGAAAUGGAAGUUGUGGAACGGGGCGCGAAUGAGCAAGGUCUGGUCGUGAAUAUCCCUGAGGGCAACUACAUCAACGACUGGGAUAUCAAUGUGGCCGGUGUGAGAAUCACCGCGGUCAAGCGAACAGUCCGCUAUCAUCAGCACGCCGAAUUCCUAAUACGAGUCAAAAGGCCCGAUCAGCCAGAAGUAUACAUCGGAAGACGGUAUGGUGAGUUUGUAAGGCUGCACAAGAGACUGCGGACUGAGAUGCCGGGUAAAAUUCUUCCGCCUCUCCCAAGGAAGAAUAAAUCCUCCACAUUCACGUCUGCUCUGGCGUCAGGGGAAGAUGACACCUCGUCUCUCUCUUCGGUGUCCACUGGGAUCAGUGUGGAGGAAUCUGGGAGGAAUUUUCUGCCCGUGCAUCGACGUCUGAAGUCGUCUAAUUCCCUCAGUCCCAAUACCGGGUCCGGUUCGCCUAAAUCAUCAGCGUCACCAAAACGGGAUCUAUCGAGAGAAAGAAGUCCCAGUCCUAGUCCACAAACCAUUCGGCUACAUCGAGAAGACCAAAGAGUGUCGUUAAGAGCUUUCUUACGAACUGUCUUGCAAAACCCGAAUAUCGCGCAGUCAAGAUCAAUGGUUGAUUUCCUGACCCUUCAACCUGUCGACUUGAACGAGGAAGAAUUGGAAGACAUUGAACGACGUAAAGAGAUGGACGCAAGGCGGCUGGAAGAGCAGAGGAAGUUCUACGACAUCGCCAGAAAACGAGCGGCAGAGCUAGACACCUAUAUGGAGAAAUUCCGAAGAAAUAUUGUCGAGGCAAAUGGCUUGACCAAGCUAUUUGCUGAGAUUCGAAGCAAAGAGAAGCUCGAAGACCUGAGUCCAGAGUACCAGAAAUUUGCAGAAUGGCUUAGGAUAGAAGUGGCAGCCACCAUCUACCACCUGUUCCUGGCGGAAGACAACUCCCCCGAGCUGUUUGCGCAGGCGAAACGAAUACAUUCUCUCGUGCCAUACACAGUGUUGAAGAACGUGAUUCGAAUAGCGAACCCGGCAGCAGUUAUGUCUGGCGUGUUGGAUCUCUUUCUGGCACAACCAUUUGGCACAAGAUCGCUAUUGCAACGGAUAUUCGCUCAAACUCUGGCAGACGGAAUCCGACAGUUCCAGAAAUCAAUCGACGCCGUUGCGGGAAAAGUAGCAGACCCGGUCUUGAUCAACAAAAUCAAAGCUUUUGUCGACAGUCCUGAAGAAAUCAAGGACGUUAUCCGAACCGAGGCAAAGAUGGAAGAAAUUGACCUUGUCGUCGCGAUUCUCAGAUCAGAACAAUUCGAACCUGAACUUACGCCGCCUCAGGUGGAACGGGUCUUCAACGCAUGGGUAGCGUGGAACAGCGCCGUCGAAAACGAGGAUGAAGAACUCAAACAAGGGGCCGAAAUGUUCUCGCACCUCAAGCAACUUCUCAAAUUAAUGACACGGCAACGUGACAAGGCCAUGAUGGCAGCCAUGAUCGAGGAGCCUAAUACUUUACAAUUAUUCCGCGAUCUAUUCACCAUAUUCUACGAGCCGCUAAUUCGGGUAUACAAAUCUGCAAAUGUCUACAGCUCCAUCACGGACUUUGCCCGCUUCGCCGACGACGCCAUCAAAACGGUCGAAAUCGCACAGAGGCAAGAUGUGUCGGCGGAUCCCAAUCAGACUGUCCAGUCAUUCAUCGACCUUUGUGCUAAACACGAACACAACCUGUAUAAAUUCAUCCAUGAAGUCCAUACUCACGAUAACGGGCUCUUUACCGCCCUGAUGGGUUGGAUCGAGGGCAUCCUCGAGUUCCUGCGGAAAGGUCCCAGGAGCGGUGGAAGAUUGGAUAUGAAUGCGAUCUUUCAAGGGGCACUAGAUAUGAGGGCGGUGGACAGAGAGAUCAUAAUUACGGAAGUUGAUGCGCUGAUUAGGUGGCAGGAGGCAAGGAAGAAAUGGCAUAGUGAUAAGACGAGGCAGAAAAUGGCGGCUGAGGGAACGGGGUCUGGCAAUUCUUCAGAAGCUGCAACGGGGAUGCCAGGGGCGAAUUUCCGGAGCAGUGAUUUCGGAUUGCAUGAGGGCGAUCUGAUGGACCUCCGCAUUUCCGACGAAGAAGAUGGUCUUGAUUCGGAAGAAGAAGAUGCAGAAGACGAUCUCGACCCUCUCUCGGCUGAACGACGUCGCCGUAGAAAGGCACAAGAUAGGCUGAGAAGAAGCGCCGGCGAGCCUGUAAAGCCCGAGGUCAGCGAGGUUUUGAAGUUGCGGGACACGUUCGUGUCGAUGUUGAGGGCUGUCUUGAGUGAUUAA